GCGGGGCAUACGCUGCCUCCUGAAGCAUUCAACAAGUUCAUAGUUUAUUGUAACGGGUUCUUUGGGACGGCUAGCAGUUAAUCUACAGAAAUCAUGAGUGAGGAGGCAUUUCAGAAAGCAGCAGAGGAAGUGAAGCAGCUGAAGGCAAAACCAUCUGAUGCCGACAUGCUGGAGAUCUACAGUCUGUUCAAACAGUCCACAGUGGGAGACGUCAACACCGCUCGGCCCGGCAUGUUGGACUUCGCUGGUAAAGCUAAAUGGGAUGCCUGGGAGGCAAAAAAAGGUAUGAGUAAGGAGGACGCAAUGAAGGCUUAUAUCAGCAAGGUGGAGGAGCUGAAAGGAAAACAUGGAAUCUAAAGUGUAACUGUGUGACUCAUUAGUGUCACCUUUCAGAAAGUCUGUCAAUUACUUGUGGUCCUGUGUAAAGCCUUAAACCUCUUGGUGUGUGUAUGUUUGUGCAUGAUGCAUCUCAUUCACAUAAAGAUGUCCAGUUGGAACAAAACACAAAGCCAUCUUGGGUCUACAGAAAACAGCUGGGUAGCGAAACCCUGUCCAGACUUUUUUAUGUCUUUUGUAAGUUUAUAAAGUCUGUUCAAUUUUCAGAAA